CAUUUUGUACUGUGUUGCUGAUCAACUCAAGGCAAAGGAAAGCAGAGACUAAGGCAGUCAAGUUGUUCGUGUUACAAAUAGUAUAUCAACAGAGGCCACAAUGGAACUGGAUGGCAAUGGCCUGUCUGUGCAGUUCUACCUGAAGCCCAGGGUUAUGGGCAAGGUACGACGUCGUCUUCAGGAGAUGAGGAGCCCCUCUGCCCAGCUGGCAACCAUAGACCUGAGUCACAAUGAAAGUGCCCGACUGGCCACUGAUGCCCUCUUGGACCAUGGCCUGAAUGCCUACCAGGACACUCUGGUCAGAGAAGAAGAAGUAGACUUCUUAUCUGUGGAAGAAAAGGGCUACAUUUUGUGCAAUGUUAAAGACUCUGCGAAAAAUGACACUGAAGAUGUGAAUGAUGAGGACAUGUCCAGCUCCAGCUCAGAGUCUAGCUCGCAGACGUACUUUCCCAUGGUUUCAGACAGUGAGCCGCCCUGUCUGGAUUUUGGCUGGCCAGUUGCGGACUGGAGUUACCACCUACAGGGGCUUCCCAGUGUGGAGGUAUACUUCCAGUCACCUAAUUCAGCCAACAUGAAAGAUCUGCUGCGGGAAUUAAUCAGAAAAGCAACAUCAGUUCUGGCAAUUGUGAUGGACACUUUCAGUGAUGUGGAGAUUUUCUGUGAUAUUCUUGAGGCCACAAAAAAGCGUAAUGUAUCUGUCUAUCUUCUACUGGACCACAUCAACUUGCAGGUGUUUAAAGAGAUGUGUGGAAAUUUACAGAUCAACAAGUCACAUCUUGCUCACAUGUCAGUUCGCAGCAUUGAUGGAGAAACCUACUGCGCCAAGUCUGGAAGGAAAUUUACUGGCCAGGUUAGGGAGAAGUUCAUGAUUUUAGACUGCACCCAUGUCCUUGUUGGGACAUACAGCUUUACCUGGUUGUCCUGGCAGGUUGACAGGAGCUUAGCAAUGCUCUUCAAAGGGGCAAGUGUGAAGGCCUUUGACAUUGAGUUUCGCCGGCUGUACGCCUCCUCAAAACCAGUACCAGAAUUCUCUACAUUGCCAGAUUCAGAUGACCUGAGUCCUCUUGUACAUUUCAUGGACCCACCAACUCCAGAAAUGAAUGCUAACAUGGUUCCACAGGCCAAUGUCAAUAAAGUCUCCCAACUCCAGAAUUUCAGUUCUCCUCUACCCCUUUUGUCCGGGCUAUCUAGCCAGCCAUUCCUCACUGCCAGACCGCUGACGUCACUCUGGCUCCCACAGAGGAUCCAUUGGCCGGGAGUUUCUCAGCGUUUCUUACCCAGAAAUUAUAAUGUCGGGAACCUUCCUCGGCACCUUCAAAACAACAACUACCACUACCUCCAUGGAGGUGUUCCACUGACCUCUCAACGGCUUUCGCAUACCAGGUUAAACAGUGCUGUGUUUGGGGAACAGCAGUCGCAGGUUCUGUAAUGUGUUUCCUUGGGUUCCUGAGCUUUUUACAGGCUUCAGCUUGUAAUUCAUACACUAUUGCUCCAAUGUUUGGAAUCACUUUGGUUAUUUGAAAAACUCAGUCCACUAGCAUAAUUUAAUACCAUUCAACAACAGUUUGGCUUUAUAUUAUUGAAAACGUUUCUCCUGAAAACAGUGUUCUGCCUGUCUGAUAGAUUAGGAGAGCCUCAUUUAUUGGUAUUGAUAUUUGUUUUAUUGCCUUUUAACCUGAACUAUCUGGGGUAAGAAUUGAAAAAUUAAGGCAGAAUUGACAAUUCUCACUUGAACAUGUUUAAAUUAGGCACAUGUUCAUGAAUAGUUUGUAGGGAGGUCCCACUCUGAUCCUAAAUAUGGGGAUC